CCUCACCCCGCAAUUGAAACAUCAAGACCGAUUCCGCCAUGCCGCCGCCCCUUGUCGACAGGUUCAAUGGCCUCGAGCUGCCGCCGUCGGCGGAUAUGCAUGUGCAUUUGCGCGAUGGGGCCAUGAUGGAGACGGUGGUGCCGACGAUUAGGAAGGGCGGCGUCGACACUGUGUUUGUUAUGCCCAACCUCGUCCCCCCCAUCACGACAGUCGCGGCCGCGCAAGCCUACAAAGCGCGCCUGCAAGCCCUCGAGCCCAACGUAACCUUCCUAAUGUCGCUCUACCUGCACCCCUCCAUCACGCCCGCCACCAUCAUCGAAGCCAAAGCCGCCGGCCUCGCAGGCGUAAAGUCCUACCCCGCGGGCGUGACGACCAACUCGGCGGCCGGCGUCCUCGACUACAAGGCCUUCUACCCGGUGUUCGCGGAAAUGGAGCGGCAGGACCUGGUGCUGAACCUGCACGGGGAGGUGCCGGCGUCGAGCGGGCCCAACGGCGAGGGGGGCGACAUCACGGUGCUGAACGCCGAAGAGCGCUUCCUGCCCACGCUGCGCGAGCUGCACGCCGCCUUCCCGCGCCUGCGCAUCGUCCUCGAACACUGCACGACAGCCGCCGCCGUCGCCGCUGUCCGCAACUGCGGCCCCACCGUCGCGGCCACCAUCACCCCGCACCACCUCAUCCUGACCGUCGACGACGUCGUCGGCAACGCGCUGCACUUCUGCAAGCCCGUCGCCAAGCUGCCAGGCGACCGCAUCGCGCUGCUCAAGGCUGUCGUCAGCGGCGAGCCCAAGUUCUUCCUCGGCACUGACAGCGCGCCGCACGCUGCUGAAGCGAAGAGCGCGCCCGCGGGCACGGCCGCCCCGGCCGGCGUGUUCACCCAGCCGUAUGCGUCGCAGUUGGUGCUGGACGCGGUGGCGGGGGCGGUGGAGCGGGGGUGGUUAAGCGAGGAGGAGGUCGGGGUCGAGUGGUUGGAGGGGUUUUUGGGUCAGGCGGGGAGGCGGUUUUACAAACUGCCGGAGGGGAGCAGGGAGAGUGGGUUUAGGCUUGCGUGGGAGGGGGAGAGGGUUGUGGAUGUUGUUGGGGGGGAGGGGGAGGGGGCGGCGAGGGUGGUGCCGUUUAGGAAGGGCAGGGAGACGUGGUCGCUGCGGUGGAGGGAGUAG